AACCUCACAUGUCCUUGCAUUCUACCCUUCAAGUUGUGUUUUAAAGUAAUUUUAACUGGUUACUUAAUGUUUUUGUCAUUUUACCUCAUUUAUUUAAUUUCUCCUGCUUUAUAGGAUUUGUUCUAAAAAUCUAAGAUUCCCCAAAUCAUCAAGUCCAGUUUGUAAACAGGUACAACAGAGGCUGUGCCCACCACUGACCCUGAAUUCUGCCCCCCUUUCUCAGUAGCUCUUUUUCAGUAAGAAAACCACCUGCACGUGUUGCUUGUAAAAUUUAAACGCAUUAAGACUAAAUACACGUUUUCUCUCGUCACCCCAGUGACAUUUUACGUGCUGUUACAGGGAGCCGUUGACCUCAUAGAGCAGACUGUAGAACUCCGCUGGCGUGGCUGAGAGUUCCACUGCCCGGCCUACCUCCAGAGAACGCGUUUCUUUAAACAUUUGCUUUAGCCUCGUACUUUUUUUUUUUUUUUUUUUUAAAAAGUAAAGGUUAUAUAUUUUUCCUGUCGUGUCACAAAAUACCCGAAGCUGAGUACUUACAAAGAAGAAAGGUUUAUUAGCUCACAGUUUAGUGAUUGGGAGCCCAAGAUUGGGCAGCUGCUCUUCUUUGGUCCCCUGUGAGGACCUCAUGGCAGAUGAUGGAAGCCCUUGGUGGUGGAGAUCACAUGGUGAGACAAGAAGCGUGGAAUUCAGGGGCUGGACCUGAUCCAUGGCCCCCACAUGAAUAUAAGGUCUCUGUUUUCUGUGUUAGAGAAGCUCUUGACCACCCCUUUAUUGAGCUGGAUCCCACCUUUUUAUUUUACUUUGAGAAUGAGCCUUUCCCACUUACACAGGCUGCUCUAGAAUUCAUGAUCUUUCUUCUUUCUGGUAGCUCAGAUGACAGCUGUGUGGAAUCCUGCUUGGUCUAGGCUUGGUUUGUAUAAACGACACACCAUCUCAGGAACUCAUCGUGGAAGACCAGGGUUAAUUCCUCCCAAGGGGAAUAAAGUAUAGCUGUGUCUACUGAUGCGGACUGCAGACAUAUGGUGAGGAAAACAAGCUUGUAAAUAGUACCAGAAUACCAAGGCUACGAAAAUCCUCUUCCAUAUGUUCAUGAAUCUGUAAAAUUAUGUGACUGGAGGUCACUUAUCCCAACAAUGGGGGAGAGAGCCAGGAGUCCAGAUAGUGAUCAAGAGAGAAAGGCUGGCAAACACAGUUACUCUCGCUAUUCGUCUGACUUUGGGUCCUCACCACAGUCUUCUGGCCAUUCAUCACCUGUCAGUCCACCGCCUUGUCCAGCUACUAAGGGGAAGAGUCCCAAAAGACAGUUUUCAGACAACCCAGGAUAUCACCAAGCCCUUAGGAAAAUUAGCCCUAAGGCUGUACCCAGCAAAAAGGGAACCCGAGUGGGAUUUCGAUCCCAAAGCCUCAACAGAGAGACGCUUCGGAGAGAUCCGGAUAUCGUGACAAAGCGGGUCCUUUCUGCGAGGCUUCUGAAAAUCAACGAGCUGCAGAACGAAGUGUCUGAACUGCAGGUUAAGCUAUCCCAGCUGCUCAAAGAAAACAAGGCUUUGAAAAGUCUCCAGUUUCGUCAGGAGAAGGCGUUGAAUAAGUUUGAAGAUGCUGAGAGUGAAAUCUCUCAGCUUAUACAGCGUCAUAACAAUGAGAUCACUGCGCUCAAGGAACGCCUGAGAAAAUCUCAGGAGAAAGAACGGGCGACAGAGAAAAGGGUGAAAGACACAGAAGGCGAACUAUUUAGGACCAAGUUUUCCUUACAGAAACUGAAAAAGAUCUCCGAGGCUAGACACCUUCCAGAACGAGAUGAUCUGGCCAAGAAACUGGUUACGGCCGAGUUAAAAUUGGAUGACACUGAGAGAAAAAUUAAGGAACUAUCAAAAAACCUCGAACUAAGCACCAACAGUUUCCAGCGGCAAUUGCUUGCGGAAAGGAAAAGGGCGUUUGAGGCUUAUGAUGAAAAUAAACUUCUUCAAAAGGAGCUGCAGCGGCUCUAUCACAAGCUGAAGGAAAAGGAGAGGGAAUUGGAUAUAAAAAAUAUAUACUCCAAUCGUCUGCCGAAGUCAUCUCCAAAGAAAGAAAAAGAAGUUGUUGCAAGAAAAAAUGUAUCAUGCCAGAGUGACUUUACCGACCUGUGCACAAAGGGGGUGCAGACCUCUGAAGACUCUGAGCUGGAGGAAUUCCCUGUCAUGCCACAGACUAUCCUGUGUUAUGAGAACAAAUGGGACAGACCAGAAUCUCUUUCUUCGUACCUGGAAUACCAAGAGCGAAAUGAACGUGGGGCAGAGAUUCUAAACUCGGAAAAAGAAGAAAGAUGCAAUGAAGAUCAGGAAGGAUACUCUGGCAAACAGGAGGCGGGGAAGCCUGAGAGGGAAUGGGAAAGAGAAGAAUUUGAUAAAAUGAAAGGUAAGACAUCUUUACUAGGAAAAGCAGAGAAGCCAGUGCUGGAGACUGGAAGGUUUCAAGGAGAAAUGUAUCAAAUUCAGAAUGCUGAUAAACUUGAAGACGAGGCAGAAAGACUAAAGACAGAAAUGCUUCUUGCCAAACUGAACGAGAUCAACAGAGAACUCCAAGAACCUCAGAACCUCAACCGGCCCCCUUUGCCAUUGCUACCUAAUUUUGAAUCAAAAUUGCAUUCUCCAGACAGAAGCCCCAAAUCAUACACAUUCUCUGAGUCUUCAGACAGAUCAUUCAAUGGACAUCACUUGUCAGACAUGAGUUUUUUAACUCCCAGAGGAGAAGGCCGGAGUCCAGGACCGAUUCGGAGUCCAGGACUAAUUCGAAGUCCAGCCCCUCCAGAUGAGUUUGCAUUUGGUGGCUAUGUGCCUUCAUUUGCAAAAAUGUCAGGGAAGUCAAAUCCACUUAGCCAAAAAAGUAACCUUUUAGAUUUUCAAAAUAACAGUUUAGAAAGCCUAGGUAAAAACAGUGUAGAUUUAAUUUUGAGAAGGGAGAAAAAAGCGAACCUAAUGGAGGAGCUGUUUGGCCCCAGCACCAGCAGCACCACCGUUUCUUCCAAGAGUGGUGAGACACAUUUUCUGGCUGCCAGCAGAGAAGACUUGGACCCUCUUAAUUUCCCCUCUGGGGACAAAAGCAGCAGAGUUCAGGAGCCUGGUGAUGAAGAUGAAGACUUUUUCCUCAGUGAAGGAAGAAGUUUUAAUCCCAACAGACAGCGGCUGAAGCAUACAAGCAAUAAGCCAACAGUCACAGCUGUUGACUCUGUUGACGAGGACAUUGAAGAGGUCACACUCAGAUGACUGACUGGAGCGCACAGAGUAUAUGUGUAUAUAUUUUUUAAAUUGUAAAUAUUAAAGUAUUUUAAUACAGUAUUUAUUAUAAAAACUUAAAUUUCUAAUGGUAAAAUAGACUUACUAGGGAGUAGGUCUUAGCAACCAAAUACGGCACACUUGAAUGAAUAGCGCCAUACCACGUGACCAUGUUGCUAAGAAUGCUGUUUUUGUUUUGAAAUGAACUGAAAGGAGAGUUGCUGCUUCCUUUUUUUUCUGUUUUUACAACUGGUCUCACUUACUGAGCUGGCCCUGUGGGAAGUUUUACUUCACUAGAAUCUUUCUCAUUUCCUACUUUUACCUCUGUUGAUUUUUGAUCGAAUCUCGCUGAGCCUAAGUAUUGUCUUCCCAUUGAUGGCUAAAUGGAAAUUAAGGGUCUCCAGUGAAGACCCCAGUUAGCAAAGAGCAAUGGGACUUGGAAGCUGUACCCUAGUUUGAGGUGACAAAGCCAAGCUACUCGCGAGUGGUGGUGGCAACAACCUUGGGACUUGCUCUGGAAUUUGGGGUAUUUACUGGGGAGCCCAAAACACUCAGUGCUGCUCGGCUGGCCACUUAAGUGGGUCACGGAAGGCAUUUUUUGCCCUGCGCGGUGCCCUGUGUGGCUCCAGGAGGCUUAGGCACUGUGUUACUCCUCUCCUUUUGUACACUCGAACUCUGGUGGCUGCUGGCAGAUUCCCUAGCAAACACAGGAAGGAGAAGAAAUGUCAGUACAACACAGAAUGGUUUCCAGUUUAAUUAUGUUUCCAGAGUCCUGGUUUGGGAAAUUUUAAUAAAUAAUUUUAAGAUUUGAACUUGUCCUCAAACUCAGCCGACAGAAGUGUGAUAGUAUUGGGUUUAUACAGGACUGAUGUUGAUGCUACCGUGGGUAGAAGUGUUUAGCAUCAGGGCACCUGCCACGCAGAGUGGACGCGAUAAUCUUCUGUAGAAAGGCGUGGUUUCCUUACCCUCAGUUCAGGACAGAUGCAGAGGCGGAUGCUGAGCAGGCCUGCUCUGCUGCCGCAGUGCUAGAUCAGCCAAGGAGAAACACUGUGUGUAACGGAGCGACGGAGCAGUGUGACCAUUUGUUCAUGGUGUGGGUCGUAUGGUCGUCCAGGCAUUCAUGCUGACUAGGGGCGGGAGUUCCCAUGGUAUCUGGGGUUCUUCUCAAUGCUGAUUUGGGAAUACUGCUUGGUAUUUGGUAAGUCUUUACCUGGUUAGGCCUCUCAUUCCCGGCUGCACUGCCUGUCACCUCCUGGACCAGCUUCUCGUCAUUCAUUGGGAACAGACUCUCCUUAAAGUACUACAUAGUAUGUUAAAGCUUCUCUCAAGGAGGAUUUUAGAUCUUCUGUGAGUAAGCAUUUGCUAUAUUGCAAAUCACUGUAAUAUAUGUAAACGUGUUAUUUGUGAUACAGUUCUUGAUCAAACAUUAUGUAAUGUUAAUUUUGUUUGUAGCUGUAAGUUUUCUACUGAAGAAUUCUAAUUUUAUAGUUUUUAAAAAAACUUUUUCAGAAAAAUUUUAUUCAUUACUUUAAUUAGAUUUAUGUCCUGAAAGUCUAUUUAACCCAAUGAGCCAAGGAUUAUUAAAAUUAAGACAAAUUAAGUUAAAAGUUUAAAAGCAUUCUGAUGUUUAGUGUUAGAACUGGAUAUUAAAAUGUGCGGAGCUUAGUGAGCCAAUCAGUUUUUUCUAAAUGUCAGGUUAAAUUUCUUUGUACUCAGAACUCUUACUAAUAAACAUUUAAAACACUCCAUGACUCUUUAUUUGAACGACCUUUUAUAGUUAGGAGGUAUUCAGUGGAAACAGGAUUGGGACCCCUCAUCCGCCUGUUCCGUUGUUUAGCGGUUUUGGUGGAAGCCCAGAAUUUGAACUAAUUCAGGAUAGACAGUGUUCCAGUCUCAUCAGAUAAUUGUAGUUCCAAUUAAUUAUUUCCAACUUAAUAGCUGUUGCAAUGACACACAUUUCACAUGGUAAUACAGAGGCGUGCAGGCAGGGAGGGUUAAACUGAAUCGUAAACACGGGCCUCUUUCCUGGCUGACCCGGUGCUUCCUGAUCAUCUUCAUUUCGUUUUCUAAACUGGUGUCCCUGGCUGGCCAGGACACAGGGAAAGGAAAUUUGCAUCCUAGUGAUGACGCGAGUCACCGUAACUUGGCAACAGAGAAUACCUGUGGAACCUUUGUCUCAGCUUCACGGUGCGUACCUUCUCGCAUUAAAGUCCGUCUAAAAAAGAAUCAAAAGUGCUCGCCUCAUUGAGGGUGCCCUGCCUGUAUUAGGUGGGUAGAGACUCACCCACAGACACUGCCCUUAUCUGGCUCCUCAUGUGGUGUGCUGUGGCUUCCUCAGCUCCUAGUGGUCUCCCGUGGUCCUUGUGAUGGGUACAGGUGAGUAAAAUCCUGGAGCUGAUGCUCUGCCAAGUGCCCGUCACAUUAUCAGCGCUUGAUAAACAGCUCUUGUUAUCAUAGCUAAUUAUGAGUUUCAUGGAAUAAUUGAAGUUUGCAUAUUCCCACCAGCAGCAAUGCAGGAGUGUUCCCUUUACCCCACAUCCUCUCCAGCAUAAGUUGUCAUCAGUGUUUUUGAUCUUAGCCAUUCAUUUUUUUUUUAAUUUUUAUUAAGCUCUACCUUUUUCUCUGCUCCCCUCCCUACCUCUCCUCUCUUCUUUAAUCCUCCCCCAAGGUCCCCAUGCUCCCAAUUUACUCAGGAGAUCUUGUCUUUUUCUACUUCCCAUGUAGAUUAGAUCUAUGUAUGUCUCUCUUAGAGUCCUCAUUUUGUCUAGGUUUCCUGGGAUUAUAAUUUGUGGUCUGGUUUCCUUUACUUUAUGUUUAUAAACCACUUGUGAGUGAGUAUAUGUAAUAAUUAUCUUUCUGGGUCCAUGUUACCUCACUCAAAAUUAUGUUUUCUAGAUCCAUUCAUUUGCCUGUUAAUUUCAAGAUAUCAUUUUUUCUGCUGUGUAGUACUCCAUUGUAUAAAUGUACCACAUUUUCCUUAUCUAUGUUUUGGUCGAUGGGCAGUUAAGUUGUUUACAGUUUCAUACUAUGACAAACAAUGCUGCUAUGAACAUAGUCAAGCACAUGUCUUUGUGGCAUGAUUGAGCAUCCUUUGGAUAUAUACCCAAAAGUGGUAUAACUGGGUCUUGAGGAAGGUUGUUUCCUAAUUUUCUGAGAAAUCGCCACACUGACAUCCAAAGGGGUUGUACAAGCUUGCAUUCCCACCAGCAAUGCAGGAAUGUUCCCUCUACCCCACAACCUUUCCUGCAUAAGUUGUCAUCAGUGUUUUUGAUCUUGGCCAUCCUUACAGGUGUAAGAUGGAAUCUCAGAGUUGUUUUGAUUUGCAUUUCUCUGAUGACUAAGGCUAUUGAACAUUUCCUUAAGUGUCUUUCAUCCACUUUAGAUUCCUCUGUUGAGAGUUCUUUGUUUAGAUCUGUGCUCUAUUUUUUUUAUUGGAUCAUUUGUUCUUUUGAUGACCAGUUUCUUAAGUUCUUUGUAUAUUUUGGAGAUCAGACUUCUGUCCGAUGUGGGGUUGGUGAAGAUCUUUUCCCAUUCUGUAGGCUGACAUUUUGUCUUGUUGACCAUGUCCUUUGCUUUACAGAAGCUUUUCCGUUUCAGGAGGUUCCAUUUAUUAGUUAUUUCUCUCAAUGUCUAUGCUAUUGG